CGAUCUCCGGACCUAGUGACGUCACCGCGCCGCGCCGCAAGAAGAAAACAAACCACCAAAAACACUGAUCCGAAUCUUUUCUAUGAUCAGUAAUGAGUAUUUAAUGAUAAACCGUUUAAAUAAAAGUUUAUAUUUGAUUAUAUAGUUAGAGGAAAAUGCAUCCUAACGGGAAAAUAAAGCUGAAGACUAACGGCUCCAUCGUGUUUCCAGCCGCCAGACUGGAUUCUAUUGUUUUCUGUUAAGAGGCUUCCUGCUGUCGCUGACCUCCAGGCUGUGUCGACCUCUGACCUCCUCCACCACCAUGAGCUCCAGGGUUUGCAGGACCUGUGGGGGGUCAGAUAUAGACGUGGAUCAGGCUCGGGGCAGCGCCGUGUGCACCAGCUGUGGUUCAGUUCUCGAGGACAACAUCAUCGUCUCCGAGGUUCAGUUUGUGGAGGGAAGUGGAGGAGUUUCAUCUGCUGUGGGACAGUUUGUCUCUGCUGACGGUCCAGGUAAAGCUCCUCUUCUUGGUUCUGGUUUCCACACCAGUGUUGGUAAAGAGUCCAGAGCCCAGACCCUACAGGGCGGUAAGCGUCAGAUCCAGCAGCUGGGCAGCCAGCUGCAGUUGAACCAGCACUGUUUGGACACGGCCUUCAACUUCUUCAAGAUGGUUGUGAGUAAACACCUGACGCGAGGACGCAAGACGGAGCACGUCAUCGCAGCGUGCCUCUACCUGGUGUGUCGCACCGAGGGGACGCCUCACAUGUUGCUGGACCUGAGUGACCUGCUGCAGGUGAACGUUUACAUCCUGGGAAAAACCUUCCUGCUGUUGGCUCGUGAGCUCUGCAUCAACGCUCCUGCCAUUGAUCCUUGCCUGUACAUCCCUCGGUUUGCUCACAUGUUGGAGUUCGGGGUGAAGACUCAUGAGGUUUCCAUGACGGCUCUUCGUCUCCUUCAGAGGAUGAAGAGGGACUGGAUGCACACGGGACGCCGACCCUCCGGACUCUGUGGAGCAGCGCUCCUGGUAGCAGCUCGGAUGCAUAAGUUUCGUCGUACGGUGAAGGAUGUGAUCAGUGUGGUUAAAGUCUGCCAGACCACUCUGAGGAAGAGAUUAACAGAGUUUGAGGACACGCCCACCAGUCAGCUGACAAUCGACGAGUUCAUGAGAGUAGAUCUGGAGCAGGAAUGUGAUCCACCCUCCUUCAUCGCCGCACAGCACAAAGCCAAGAUGCAGCAGCUGGAACAGGAGCUGGCCAGGAAGCUGGAUGACGUUGAAGGUGAGAUCAGCUGUUACAAAGACGAGAUUGAGAUCGAGCUGGAAAAGAGCCGACCCAAACUGAGAGGAAUCUACGCCGCCUACGCCAAAGAAAUUGAUCCCGAGGACGCAGAGGUUUUGUCCUCGACCUCUGAACCGGAGGAGCCAGAGGUCGAAGACGACGAGCUCCAAGCCGCCGCUCAACACUUGACUCAGGACUUCCUGUGUCAGGUGAUCCAGGAGGAGGAGGGGCGGGGCAAGAAGACAGAUGGAAGCGAGCAGGAGGCGGGGCCAGAAAAUGAUGGGGCGGGGCCUCAGCGUCAGGCCGCCCCUCUGGCCGUCAUCCUGGGAAAGCUGCCGAGCGCCACCAGCCUGGGCCUCCAGCAGACCUUCGACGAGUCAGAGACUGGCGAGAAACCAGACGACGAGCAGUCGGAGAGUGGCGAGCUGGACCUGGAUGGUAUCGAUGAUCAAGAGAUUGAAAAGUACAUCCUGAAUGAUAAGGAGGUUCAGGUGAAGACGGAGCUGUGGAUGAAACAGAACGCAGAAUACCUGAAAGAGCAGAAAGAGAAAGAAGAGAGGAUAAAAAAAGAGAAAGAACAGGGGACGUAUAAAGAGAAGCCGAAGAAGUCCAAGAAGAAGAAGGAGCAGAUCCAGGCGUCGACGGCGGGCGAGGCGAUCGAGAGGAUGCUGGAGAAGAAGAAGAUCUCCAGUAAGAUCAACUACGACGUGCUCAGAGACCUGAACAGCAGAGGGACAGGAAGUGGGGGGGGCAGCAGUCCCAGCAGAGCCUCCUCCGACACUAACGUCGCCGCUGCCACACGGAAACGACUCAACCGCCGCCGCAAGAAGACCAGCGAUGCUAACCGCGAUCUCGCUGCUAACGCUAGCAUCAUGGGGAAGAGGGUCCGCCUCCUUAUAUCCUCCACAUCAAAGAAGAAGAAAACAACCGUCCAGGCAGAAAACUCUGUCACCAUGACAACAGAUACGACAACAGAGGCUGCAGCUGAAGCGACUCCUGACCCUGAACCAGACACCAGCUCCACCCCUGCUGCUCCUGCCACUGUGGAGGAGGAGGAGGAGGAAGAGGAGGUGGAGGUGGAGGUGGAGGAGGAGUGUGUCAGCGCUCUGCAGCUCACAGAAGAUUACGGCUGUGAGGAGGAGGAAGUCUUUUAGCGCCGUCCUGCUGACCUUUGACCUGCACUGAGCUCCACUGAGACGGAUCAGUGUUACAGAAAUCAAUAACCAAUAUCAGCGAUCGAUUUUGUAACAUCGAGCCUCGUGUUCAUUUUGUACAGAAGAAAAGUAGCUUUUAGAUGUUUGUGUAUUUUUAUAUUGAUCUGAUUUGUACGAAUGUAAAUAUGAAGAUUCACAUUCCUGUGAAAUAUCAAUGACAUCAUUUCAACUUUUAACGUCACGAACGAAUCGACUGUGUUUUUGUUGUAGAUGGAUGUGUACUUUGUGUACUUUUAAAGUGAACUGUGUGUUUGUUGUUCCUGAUGAAGAUAAUGAACUGAAAAUACAAAACAACAACAA